CCCGCCCGCCCUCUAGGCUCCGCCCUUCACCCGCCUCCACAGUUAAGAGCGCGCGGAGCUGGGUCUCUGGAAAGCUGCCGCCUUUCCGGAUGUCAGGUCUUAAUCUACGUCUUGUCGCCGGCCCAGAGUCAUGCUGAGGAGCUGCGCCGCGCGCCUGCGCACUUGCGGGGCUCGGCCUGCUAAUCCCGGAGCAGCGUGGAGAUUAUUUUCUUCUGAGAAAGUGGUUCAUAAGGACUAUGCUCUCCCCAACCCCAGCUGGAGCAAGGACCUAAGACUCCGCUUUGACCAGUUCAUGAAGAAAUGUGAAGAUGGCUCCUGGAAACGUAUACCUUCACAUAGGCAAAACACUUCUCCACUCCUUCAAGACUUCCAAAACCGUUUUCUUGACCCCAAGUUUAUGAAAGAAGAAAAAAUGUCAAAAGCCCAGAAAUUCACCAGAAGCUUUGAGGUUGGCCUGGGCUUUGAAUAUGUGAUGUUUUUUAAUGGUGCUGAGAAAAGGGUAGUUUGCUUUUUUCAAGGAGGUCCUCACCUGCAAGGACUACCUGGAUUUGUUCAUGGAGGUGCCAUUGCAACCAUCAUUGACAUCACUACUGGUGCUUGUGUAAAUAUUUCUGAAGGAAUCGCCAUGACUGCCAAUCUCAACAUAAAUUACAAAAGACCUAUCCCCCUUUGUUCUGUUGUUGUGCUAAAUAGCCAACUUCACAAAAUUGAAGGAAGGAAACAUUUUGUUUCCUGUACUGUUCAGAGUAAUGAUGAGAAGACUUUGCACGCAGAGGCAGCAGCCUUAUUUAUAAAGCUGGAUCCUGAUAAACGUUUGACAUAAAAGAGCUUCUGGUGACUCCACUGUUCUGCAUGAGGCUCUCCGUCCUCCAGAAGCAGCACCUGCCUCCACUCCUGCUGUCACAGCUGCUCAACCCCCAGGGUUACACUGACCUGCUUACACUGACCAUCAGAACAGCCUUUGAAAUACACAACUUCCAAACUUUUAGCAAGAAACACUCCCUGGGAGACUGUCAGCAAAUGUGUGGCUCUGAAAUUGGAACAGACUCCUUAAAGUUACAUCAACUCAACAUCUAUCCCACUGCAGACUGGAGAAAAAAGAUUAUAUUGAAACCUUUACUGCAAACCUGGAAAUUUGAGAAAGCCAAAUGCAGGAAUAAAUAUGUGGGGUUGUGUAGGUGGAGUGCACAUGUGCAUAAGCACUCCACUGUGUGUUACAAACCUAGAUUUGUUGUAUCUGAACAAACAAAUCUUUCUUGUCAUAGUAGGAACCACAUUCAUUCAUAUGGGAAUGGAUACUGAAGAUCUGUUGUCUGGGGUCCUAGAGAUUAAUCCACUAUAUCAUUUUUAACUUGGCCUUUGCUAUUGUGUCUUAAAACAGGAUAGUUUGUCAUUACUGGAAGGAGACUGUUUAUUUCCUAGCUAUGUAAUAAAGUACAACAAACUAGAUGACUUAAACCAACAAAAACUUAGUUUCACAGUCCUGGAGGCCAGAAAUCUAAAGCUAAAGUGUUAACAAAGCCUUGUUCCUUCUAAGCUUCUAGACAAGAACUCUUUCAUACAUCUCUCCUGGCUUCUCCCAAGGAAACCUCAGGCAUUCCUUGGUUUGUAAAUGCAGCAGGAUUCUCCCAUUGUAUCUUCACAGUAUUCUCUUUGCUGUUUCUGUGUCCAAAUUCCCCUUGGUAAAGAUUUAUUUAUUUUA